AUGGCGGGCGGCCACGUCCCAUCCCGGGGCCUUGCACUGGGUGCAGUUCUCGCGGUGUGGCUCUUGUCAUCUACGAUCUGCGUCGUGCGAGCCAGGGAUGCGGUCACUCCCUCGAAGCCCGCAGAGUGCACGGCAAACGGAACCGGACUCAAGGUGACUGUGGAUGUCAAUACAUUGCAGGCAGCCUUUGCUUGCGGAGCAGGUUUGGAAAAACUGUGGCCCAACGCGGAUAACGACCUGACCAGCUACUGUGAGAACAAUACUUGCAAGGCUACAGCAAAACUUGCGAAGACAUUCGGCUCCGGGACGACGCUCACCAAGAACUCGGCGACGACCUACACGGAGGGGCCGGAAGCGCCAAGCGCCUCUAGCUCGGCCACUGUAUACACAUUGGCCGAUCUGAUUUCCGUCCAGGGGGUCCAUCCUCUGCCAGCGCGGAAAACGCGCAGGCACAAACCGGAAAAGUGGGGGGGGGGGGGGGGGCGGCACUUGAAGCUCGACGGUGCUCAGCCGGAGGCAACCGCCACCAGCGUUGUAAUGGUGUUCUGUUCUCGUAAGCAGGCCCCGUGGGCGGACUGA